GGGGAUAAGUAGUUUUCUUUCUUUCUUUUCACCUUUUCUAUUGUCCUAAAUUAUCCCAUCCAUACGGCAAUACAUAACCAUUUAUGUCCCUGUUCCUCCAUCUUCCCUUCUAUUUCAAGCUUGCUUUUUUUUUUUCUUCUUAUUUUCAACCCACCAUAUCCACAAAAUCCCCAUAUUAUGUCCUCCUCCUGAACCUUGGGUUGACCUUUAUUUUUGAAAAUGACCAAAACUUUUAAGUUAAACAUGCUUAAACUUCUUUUGCUUGCUUCUCAAGCUAAAAAGAAAACAUUCCAAAGUUUUGGGUACAUGAAAUAAGGAACUAUUAAUGAUGAAAAAGUUUAUGCCUUUGGGUAUUAUUGAAUACACACAACACAGGGAUGAAUGGAUGAGAUGUGUUUUUGGAGUGGACUAUGUGACUGUUACUUUCCUUUUGUUUUACUAUCACUAAUAACAAAUAAUAAAUUAAAAAAUGGCUAAUUAAGUAUAUUAAAAAAAAAACUGUAGAUAGUGAUCAAGUUGAAUGAUUUCAUUUUUCUCCAAGUUGGGAACUUUUGAAUGUACAAAGUGGGAAACUUGAAAGAAAGAAAGGAAAGAAAGUGAUUUUUUUUUUCCAAUUUAAAAAAUAAUUUAUUUUUUAUGGGGGGUGCUUUCUUUAGUUUCCUUCUUAGACUUUAGAAUUGCCACUGUUACUAACUGGAGCUGGAACUUGAACUGGAUCUGGAUCUGGAUCUGGAUCUCUCUCUCUUUCUCUCUCACUCUCAUAUUUUCUCAGUACUCUGCAUUUUCCUAUCAAACCCCAUCUCUCAAAUUCAAGAUUAUGGUCUGAUCCCAGAAAAAGAAACUUAAUUGCAGACAAUAAAGGGUAUCUGUUUGCAGUCAACGGUCAACGGUCAAAACAGGCUAAGUAAUAAGAUGGUGAGAUUAAGGACAGUGAGUGAUGGUUUGAGAUGCUGAUAUGUUGCCUUCAAAAUCUAGAUGAAGGCAACCACCCUAUGCAGUGCAGUGGCAACUAAAUGUAAAAGCUAUUGAUAUUUCCUCAUCAUGUCUGGUUCAAGACAGCGUCCCUACCUCAAGAGGCCUGUGUGGAUUAUUGUAUUGGUGAAUUUUGUGAUCUUGUUCUUGAUUGCUGCCUAUCUUUACCCUCCGGCAACUUCGGCAGCUUGCUUUAUUUUUUCUCCUACAGACUGUACUUUGCUCAAACAGCCACCAGCUCCCAAAAUUCCUACUAGGGAAUUAACUGAUGAUGAGACCAUCUCUCAGGUUGUAAUUAAGGAAAUCCUCAAAACACCUCCUAUUGAAUCCAACAAUCCGAAAAUUGCCUUCCUGUUUUUGACUCCGGGGCAACUCCCUUUUGAGCCACUCUGGGCUAAGUUCUUUCAGGGCCAUGAGGGUAGAUUCUCUGUCUAUGUUCAUGCUUCCAAAGAAAAGCCAGUACACACAAGUCAUUACUUCAUGGGCCGAGACAUUCACAGUGAAUCGGUGUCUUGGGGUAAAAUUUCCAUGGUUGAUGCUGAGAGGAGACUGUUGGCACGGGCACUUUUAGACCCUGAUAACCAGCAGUUCGUGUUGUUGUCCGAAAGUUGCAUACCAUUACAGAACUUUGACUAUGUCUACAACUACUUGAUGCUCACUAAUGUCAGCUUUAUCGACUCUUUUGUGGAUCUUGGUCCACAUGGAUCUGGGAGAUAUUCCGAGCAUAUGAUGCCUGAAGUUGAAAAGGACCAUUUUCGAAAAGGCUCACAGUGGUUCUCCAUGAAGCGGCAGCAUGCUAUAAUAGUUAUGGCUGACAGCCUAUAUUACACUAAGUUUAGGUAUUACUGCAAGCCAAAUAUGGAAGGGCGCAAUUGCUAUGCAGAUGAGCAUUACUUGCCAACUUUUUUCAAUAUGAUUGAUCCUGUUGGAAUAGCAAACCGGUCAGUAACAUAUGUGGAUUGGUCUGAACGGAAGUGGCAUCCUAAAUCAUUUAAGGCCGAAGAUAUUACAUUGAAGUUCCUCGAGAACCUUACAACCAUUGACGACAUAGUCCAUUUCACAAGUGAUGAAAAGAGAAUGCUUACAGGACCAUGCAUGUGGAAUGGAAUAAAGAGACCUUGUUAUUUAUUCGCAAGAAAGUUUUAUCCAGAAACAUCGGAGAGGUUGAUGUUCUAUUUCUCUAAUUAUACAACACUAUCUGUGUAGUCUUUCCCUUUCCCCUUGCCUUUCCCUAGUGCUGUGAUUAAUGCUAUUAUUCUUUGAUUUGAUGGGAUCAGUAUCACAAGUGGACUCAGAUCAAUGUCAUUCAACAGGAUUAAAAUUUUGAUUGAUAAAGGUUUUAUUUUAAGGGUUUUUA